ACUUCAAAUUCUGGAACGGCUUCGUUCAAAGGAUCAAAACAAAAUAAACAUAACAGAAAGAUUCAACGUUUUUUUUCUCCAAUGGGAACGUUUUAUGUGCCUUCAGGCAAUUAAAUCUACUUCUAUGGACGUCUGAGGUACGGAAACCUUUAAUUUCCUGCCCGAGAUGGCCGUAAACAGAUCAGCCGUGUCAGAGUUGGCCGACACAGACUUCGUCCACUCGCUCAACGCCUCCUUCUUCUCCUGGCUGUUUGACCACGUACUUCCGGUUGUCUUCCUCGUCUGCUUCGCCAGCCUGCUGCUGUGUGGGGUGGUCAUCAACGUCCUGACCCUCACAGUGACCGCCCGGGCCCGGAUGUACAAAGACUCGGCCCAGGUGUUUGUCAUCCAGCUGUGUGUCCUUGACCUCCUGGCCUGCCUCACCCUCGUCCUCCCCGCCCUCCUGUCUGCCGCUCACGCGCUCUCACCUCUGAGAGUCGACGACAUGUGUAAACUUCAGGAAGUGAUUUAUCAGUUGUGUUUUCUACUCUCCUUUCAUUUUCUUACCCUAGCGGCCCUGGAGAGACUCACGCGCACUCUGUGCUCGACAAGACACCGUCAGAUAUUUGCCAAUAUUUCGGUUGUCCGGGUGUUUAUCCUAAUUGUCUGGGUCUUCGACCUUCUCUUAGCGUGCCUCUCUCUGGCGGAUGUUAACGGCAUCCACUAUGACCCCGACCUGUUUCUCUGCGCGCUCCAUUACGAGAGACGGUCCGUGUACCUGCACGUGUUGAUGACUGUGGGUGUGUACAUCCCAGCUGUUGUCUACGUCACUGUCUUCACAGCACUGUUCUGGCACAGAGGACGAGCGCUCUUCCAAGAACACACAGCCCAGCCAGGCCAGUCUUCUGACGUGGUCACAGCAACAGCAACAGCAACAGCAGCAGCAACAACAGGAACAGCAGCAGCAACAGGAACAGCAGCAGCAGCAGCUGCUCUACACGCCACGUCACGGGGGAGGGAGCUGUUGUUGCCUCCCCUACAGCAGACAGCCGGGCUCCAGCAGCGGGCCGAUGAGCCAACAGUAGAAGGUUCCACGUCCGUGUUCCACGUCAGCCGUCAGGGGAAGUCUCCAGUCAGGUCCAACUGCCGAGUGGAGGACAUAGUCACGGCAUCCCGGGGAGGCGGGGGAUGGGCGGGGCACCGCGCUCUGGCGACUGAGGACGGGCUCAGAAGCGACGUAUCUUCUCACACAUUGGAGACAAAGAACCGGCCCUCUGGGAGGUUUGACGCUGUAUCGACGUGGAAGACCAGCAUCAAGAGGGUGAACAAACAAAGCGCUCUGGUUCGCAUCUUCCGGGACAAACCUGACGACCCCGAGCACCACCAGAGUAUGACGUACCUGAUCACGUGGGCGGUGGUGACGUCAUGCUGGUUCAUCUACGUCAUAGCCAGCUACCUGGACAUGUAUGGGGCCAGGUGUGCGGAAUGUUACAGGUACUGA